GCACUGACGCAGCACGCCCGAAUCCCUUUUAUAUUUUAUUUGCCCCUGAAACAACCGUCCAACAGUUGAUCUUGCAGUGAAAUAAAAGAUCGGAGGCAAGGAAAAAGAGCAACUUGGGUCGCGGAACUUGUGCACGGAGCGGCACGUGGCCUACUACUCUACUCAUCGUACUGCAACCCGAGCGACGGAGAGGGAGUGUUACUCUUGUUCACGCGGUACUUCCCGAUCGUGUGUUGAUAUAUAGAUAGCAAAUUCCUACUUUCAUUUAAAAAUACCUACCGCACCAGCAAAAGAAUCGUCCGAGGUGGCACCUGGUUUGGAAUUCAUGUCGAAGUACGACAACCAAACAGUGGACCGAAUACUCACUGUUUUGAAUUCAACAUGUCCUAGCAAUUUGACUAGGUACGACAUUUCUAAAGGAUGCUCCCAACAAAUACAAAAAUACCGGAUAAAGAAAGGACCAUUUACAAGUAUAAAACAAUUACUCGAUGUUGAGAAUUUCGACAAGAAGUAUCUGGAAAAACUCCUUUGCUCAAUAGCGGAAGAGCCCAUAGACAAAACCAGAUCAUUGGAUAAGCCACUGAAAAAAGUACUGCAGAAUAUCACUUUGAAUGCUUUAACGAAAGAGAAAAGAUCUAAAAUUAAAACUGUAACAAGUAUUCAUGUAGGCUUGACACAUGUGAGUUGGACAAAAAUGGAUAUCGAUGGUCAUUUGUUGGUAUGGGAUGCUUGUGACUUUCCGGAAUGGCCUAAGCAAAUCAAUACCAAUUUGUUUCACAAUGUGGCAUUAGAAGUCUGGAGCAAACUGCCUGUGUCAGAUGUCUAUGUAGCAGAAGAUGUAACUCCCCUCACGAAUUUUCAAAAUAAAAUUGAUAGCAAAACUAUGCUUAGGAAUAUACAACGCUUUCAGUUGGCUAUGACGUUACAAAUGUUAAUCAGUACAAAAUUCAAUCAGUCCGAUGGAAAUGAGGGACCAAGCUACACGCAGAUUGAUAAUCACUAUUUCAUACGACCAAAUAUACCACCAAAAUUAUUUCAAUUAAUUAUUGGUCGUGAAACUGUGUCAGCAGAUUCCUUAGUACAAACAAUUAUAGACGAUAAUAUUAGCAAAUCCUUAUCACAUAUUCUACCAGUAAUUAUUGAUCCUUUUGAAGCAAGCUUAUACAAUGGGAGCAAUAAAUUUAGAAAAGAAGGAUUAAGUCAGGCUCUACUGACUGCUGUGGCUUUCAUCGACUUGGUUAUCCUGUGUAAUCCUGUUUCGCUCAAAAGUCUCACCUCAAAUCAAUAUUCUACAAAAAUCAAAUAAUGAUUUUGCUCUGCUUAUUAAGUUGACAAUAAAGUUGUUUCCAAAUAACAAAACCCAGUUAUCUCAUUAUUGAAUAGUUGGAUAUUUCUGGAUCUUCGUAAAGGCGAUCAUAACGAAAUUCCUAAUUUAUCAAUAUUCUAAUCAUGUUCAACCAUAUUAAGAUCUCGUAUAUGGCAAGUAAUAAUAGGGGAUUUAUAAUAGGUAUGAUCGAUAUCAAGAUCUGGUGUUCCGAAUUUCUUUAUUAUCAACUUUUUACAACACUAGUUUCUACAGUCUGCGCCAAAUCUAUUUCAGACGUUUUCUUAUUGCAAUCAAGAUAGUUUCAGAAUCAACAACUUACACAUAGGUCCGUGACGAUACAG